AUGACCCGAGCUCCAUGUUACCAUAUCUGCUUUUUUGAAAUGGAUCAGGAUCUAGUGCGUACAAGUACGAACUUGACCAUUCUCCCUUUGGUAUUCAUUAUGGGGGUAUUUGUCGGAUCUAUUGCAGUUCCCUCCAUCCGUGUGUUUCGAUAUAUGUUAGGGAAGGCAUGGUCUGGAGACAAGAAAGCAAUGAUAAAGACAUCCGGUGAUGUCUUGACCGAGGGACUCGGCGAUCAGAUUACCGACUAUUUCACUCGAUUGAUUGUCCGCCAAUAUCCCGAGGACAGGUUCGACCACGAAACGGUCUGCUGGUAUGCUAGGCCUUUUCUGGAGGGUGUUAUACAAGUCCUUCGAGCGCAUACAUCCUCCGGCGUGCAAUCUAAAGCGCAGGUCUCGGUUUCUAAUAGGGUUGAGUUCCACAAAGCAGCCAACCACCAAAGGGAUCGCCAUAUGCUCUUCCAAAUCUCCUUCGAUGGUAUUCCCAAGCAGAGAGUGGGCGACGAUAAAGACGUUUUGGAUAAUGGAUCUGCACCUACGGCUUGCCUGCUGGCUGGAUCAGAGAUCCCGAUUGUGGACGGUGACGGUACGACACUCAGCAAGUGGUCUCUUCCUAAGCUCGCUGGACUUCCCAAGGAUCCUUUUGCCCCUGAUGCCCCGCUGAAAAAAGGAGAUUUGUGGUCAGGCUUUCUGGCCAAGCUGCUGCGUCAGGUUGAUUGUGUCAUGAAGCUUGCAGAGAAAAAGGAUGUACGCCUGGUGGUGAAGUUGGUGAUAGGGCAGAACGAUAUUGUCAAAAAGCUUGAUCCGGAGAUGAACACCUCGAGCCAACAGAAGAAUGAUAUGUAG